AUGGACCCCUCAGGUGGCGAGUACGUCAAGGACGACCAUCCCUCAGAGAUCACGCCAACGAAUGAUUCCCCCAAAAGGACCUGGUCGAGUCGUGGUCGAGCACUUGUCAAAGCCUUCACUACACGAGAGGGACUCAUUGGCACCUACGACUAUGCAUUCCUGUUCACUCCCAAGAUUCCAUUCACGAGAACGAAGCGACGGUCUGCGCCAUUCUUUGGAUUGAACGACCGGAUGCCUGUCGUUCUGGCCUUGCUCCUUGGGCUUCAGCACUCCCUCGCAAUGCUGGCUGGCAUCAUCACUCCCCCCAUCGUUUUAUCGGGCGCAGCGAAUUUCACUCCCGACAUGCAAUCAUAUCUGGUUAGCACGUCGCUCAUAGUUUGCGCGGCCCUUUCUUGCAUCCAGAUCACGAGGUUCCACAUAUGGAAGACUCCAUACUUCGUGGGUACUGGUUUGAUAUCCGUAGUCGGUGUGUCGUUCUCGACUAUUCCUAUCGCGACUGGCGCUCUCUCGCAAAUGUAUGCCAAUGGAUUUUGUCCCACGGAUGCCAAUGGCACCAAACUGCCCUGUCCAGAUGGYUAUGGAGCUAUACUUGGCACUCAGUGUAUAUGUGCUUUGAUAGAAGUAGCACUAUCUUUCAUGCCGCCGGCUUAUCUGAAGAAGAUCUUCCCUCCCUUGGUCACUGGACCUACUGUACUUCUCAUUGGCGUGAAACUCAUCUCCUCUGGGUUCAAAAACUGGGCUGGCGGCUCGGGCGAUUGUAUGGCAAGGCCUGAAACUGGACUCUACCGCCUUUGUCCGGAUAUCAAUGCUCCUCACCCACUCCCGUGGGGCUCAGCGGAGUUUAUUGGUCUUGGUUUUUUGGUGUUCCUUACGAUCAUCCUGUGUGAACGAUUCGGUGCGCCAAUCAUGAAGAGCUGUGCAGUAGUGAUUGGUCUUCUUGUGGGAUGUAUAGUGGCCGCGGCCUGCGGCUACUUCGAUCGCUCCGGUAUCGAUGCGGCUCCGGUUGCGAGCUUCGUUUGGGUUUACACCUUCAAGCUCAGCGUGUAUGGACCAAUUGUACUUCCACUACUAGCCGUUUACAUCGUUUUGACUAUGGAGACGAUUGGUGAUGUUACUGCAACUUGCGAUCUUUCGCGACUGCAGGUAGAUGGCCCUAUGUUCGAUAGCCGCAUUCAGGGAGGUGUUCUCGCUGACGGGCUGAACGGUAUACUCGCCGGACUCUGCACGAUAACACCAAUGUCAACGUUCGCGCAAAACAAUGGUGUUAUUGCCCUCACUCGCUGUGCUAACCGCAAAGCUGGAUAUGCAUGUUGCUUCUGGUUGGUCCUCGUGGGAAUCUUCGCCAAGUUUGCAGCAUCUCUGGUAGCGAUUCCGUCCGCUGUACUCGGUGGAAUGACGACCUUCCUCUUCGCUGCUGUCGCAUCUUCUGGAAUUCGCAUCAUAUCGACGAUGCCGUUCACUCGCCGUAACAGGUUCAUUUUGACGGCAUGCCUGACACUGGGCUUUGGAGCUACACUGGUACCGACCUGGUUCGACUAUGUGUUCACUUACUCUGGCGACAAUCAGGCACUUUCCGGCUUCUAUAGCGCGAUCACAUUAGUCAUGCAGACUGGAUUCGCUGUGGCGGGCUUCGUGGCUUUGGUCUUGAACUUGGUCCUACCUGAGGAAGAUGACGAUGAGGAUGUCCCUGAGCUUUCAACAAACGACGCAGAUGACGCCGCUGAUCGAGAGGAAUGGAACGUGAUCGAGGGCGACGGGGGUUCCAAGAGYAGUCCUAGUGAAGCGGGGAGACGUUUAGAAACGGAAAAGAACUGA